GUGAGAAGUGUAGUCACGUGGAGACUGUAUAGUCCACCUCGGUUCUGUCCAAACAGAACGUGUCUGACUGUUUGAGCGCGGCUCGGUGCUAAACAAAUUCAUGUUGUUUUUUAACCACCCUUCCCUUUAAACUAGACUAUUUAUCGAAGAAUGAGUGAUAACGAUGAUAUCGAAGUCGACAGUGACGAAGAAUCACCGAGAUAUCACUCUGUGGCAGACAAACGGGCACACCACAAUGCGCUGGAGCGCAAGCGUAGGGACCACAUCAAAGACAGCUUUCACAGCCUCCGGGACUCGGUGCCCGCCCUACAGGGAGAAAAGGCGUCUCGAGCUCAAAUCCUAGACAAAGCCACAGAGUACAUCCAGUACAUGAGGCGAAAAAAUCACACGCACCAGCAGGAUAUCGAUGACCUGAAGAGGCAGAACGCGCUGCUUGAGCAGCAAGUUCGUGCUCUGGAGAAGGUGAAGGGCUCAGCCCAGCUCCAGGCCGGCUACUCAUCGUCUGACAGCAGCCUAGGCAGCGCUGUGUCGGCGUUCGACGGAGGCUCCGACUCCAGCUCAGAGUCGGACACUGAGGAGCCGCCCAACAGGAAGAAGUUGCGAGUGGAGGCCAGCUAGAGAGCCGAGCAGCUAAAACCUGCCCAAGGUGGAGGUGGCGGGGCAUGAGGGAGGAGCAGACCAGCCUUCAAAGCUCUUAAGUCUCAUAGACCCCCCCGCCCACUGCCACCCUGGCAUCCCUCACCGUCCUCCUCAUUCUCUCUCCUCAAUCUCUGGGUGGGUUUGCACUGGAGACUCAAAGACCCCUCACACUGCUGCCACAAUCGUUUGUCUCCACCCGAUCUCCAGGAACAGGAAGGAGAACGUCAGCAGAGAGCUUGAGGGUUUUUUUUUUAACCCUUUCCAUCCCUCUCUCUUCUUUGGUUCAUUAGUAUUUCUCCCCUAGCAACGUCAACAAUCCAAAAUCCAAACAGAGGCAGCUCGGCUACGCAAGGACUUGAUGCUUUUUUUUUUUUUGUACCCUCAGUGAAGCUCCUCUUCCUCCCUGGGUGGUGCGCUCCAGGUGUAACCCUCCUAGCACUGCUAUAUUAUAUUUUUUCUUGAUAAAAACCUGUUUAGAAUUUACACACACACCUAGAUAAAUUGUCUCAAAGUUUACCUUUUUAAAACAAACCAUUUGUAGCUUACUUUUUCCACUAAAGAAUGUGAAGAUGCUUUGAAGGAAGUGUUAAAGUGACACCCACCUCAGGCCCACUGGAUCGCAGAUGUUUUCUGCCCGAUGCGUUUAACACACGAGAAAAAAAAAAAA